AUGGCUGAUUACAAAAGCAUCUUCAGCACCCCUGCCUUCACAUUUCUCAUUGGCAAGGACCGUUCCAGCCUGACGAUCCACGCAGGUGCUAUGCAAGAAUCGAAUUCGCGGCUUGCGGUCCUGGAGGACGUGGAGGAAGACACCUUUCUCACGUUUUGCGAGUUCUUGUACACCAGUACCUACACAACGCCAAACCUGACGUCUUCAGAGAAUUCAGAAUAUGGUCACAAAACUGUUGAGCCUUCCCCGGCUAAUGAAUUUGAGGUGCACAUUAUGGAGUCUUCUUAUCGGCUGAACUCCAGGAAGAAAGGGAAGAAAUGCAAGUGGAAUGACCCUCCUUGGCAGGAAGAGGAGAGCCAGCAUCUAUCUCAAACCGAGCCUAACGUUCUGUUCCAUGCCAAGUUAUACGUUUUUGCGACGAAAUAUCUUGUCGACACCUUGAGGGCGAAGUGCCUGAAGUCUCUACACCGAGACCUCUGUGUUUUCUCCCUCGACAAAAAUACAACUUCGCAGAUACUUGAGCUCAUAGAAUUUACAUAUGAGCACACCAGUCGGGAUGAGCCAGGCGGUGGAUCUCCUCACCGCGACUUGGUUGUUCAUUACGCUGCUUGCAAAGCCCGAACUCUGCUUUAUGGUGAUGGGGAACUCCGUUCACUGUUGGACUGGAAUGCAGAGCUUGGCUCUGAUUUGGUAUUGAAGCUGGUGACGUGA